UGUUGAAUAGCAUAACUGUUUUAGCAGAACUGUAAGAUUUUGCUGCUCCCCAAAAUUACCAUUUUCUACUAUCUACUCUUUUUAUCCCCACCUACACAGCAAUAAAGUUUUUGUAUUGACAGAUUUGCGAUGUAUGGGUUUGCAGUAUGUGAUAAAAACGCAAAGUAGAAAAAUUAUAAAAAUAAAUACUGAAAGAUACUGUUGCUAUUCAUUAAAAUCUCAAUUAAUUACUCCGUAUUGUCGUUGCGUAAUGUGAAACGUUUGUGAAAAUGUGUCUUUACUAGAAAAAAAUCUCCAAGAUGUGCGUCGAUAUGUAGCACCAUGCACAAAUGAGUAUUAUUUGCUCGAAUGCAACUUAAGGAGGACAAUGUUUUGAUAAGAAUUAUUUAGAAUUCACCAAGAUGAAUUUAAUGCGCAAACUUAGAGGGGCUUCUGCCUCCUCCUCUACUGAGUCUCCAGAAAGCUCCAACUCUUCGUCACACGUUCAACUUGGACUUAUGCACUUAAAGAAACUCUUUGCUGAGUACACUCACCCACCACAAACACUCACUGAGGCUGAAAAAGAUGACAAACUAUACAAUAUGCUACCUCUCUUCUGUAAGGUAUUUGGAACCAGUCCUUCGAGUGAAAUGAAUGAAAAAUUCUGGGAUAUUCUAUCAUUUUGUCAGCAAGUUUCCAAACUUAUGGUAUCAGAAAUAAGGAAAAGAGCCAGCAAUCAGAGCACUGUGGCAGCUAGUUGCGCUAUUGCAAAGUUUUUAGAGAUAGAGAAUUCAGAGGAAUCUAGUAAUGGAUGGAUGUUGCUCUCUACAUUAAACCUUUUGGCAGCGGGAGAUCAAUCGUUGAUACAGGUGAUGACAACUGCAGCUAUACCUUCCACUUUAGUAAAAUGCCUAUAUUUAUUCUUUGAUCUUCCUGAGAUCCCUGAUUCAGAAGCUGAUGUUCGAGAUGUGAACAGUGAUUUCACACCUAGAGAGAGAAGGAUACUUUUACAAAAGAUAUUUGUGCAGGUACUAGUAAGAUUAUGCAGUCAUCCAUUCCCUUGUGAAGAACUGGCAAGGAAAGAUGAUUUAAGCCUCUUGUUCUCGGCUAUAACAUCAUGGUGCGCUCCACACAAUAUAAUGUGGAGGAAGUCCGCUGCCGAAGUAUUAAUGACAUUAUCUAGACAUGGACUGUCACAGUCAGUUGUACAAUACAUUCAUAAUAAAGGCUGUGUAGCUCUUUGCAUUGAAAACAUGCAAAGAAUACCUGAGUUGACACCGUUAGAGGUAGUGGAGAUGUUUGUGGCUGUGUUCUGUUUCUUAAAGGACUCGAGUGAAGUCAGUCAGCUGUUACUUGAUGACUUUCGUACAUGUCAAGGCUAUCUAUUCUUAUCGGAGUUUCUACUCAAACACGAAAAGCAAGAUGUACCCGAUUUUUUGACAUCAGGGCUGGAAGAGGAGCGCGUGUGCGGCUCGGAGGCGCGCGCGGCAUUACGCAAUCUUGUGCUGAUGAUAUCAUCGUUGUGCGCGUGCGGCUUCUCCGAGCUGCGGCCGACGCGCGCCAACACAGAACUCUUUCAGCUACAGGGCUUCGUGCUGCCGCAGCCAACCACGCAGGGACAGGCUGUUAGGAAUGUGCAGGCUUUUCAGGUUCUGCAAUCGGUGUUUAUAAAAUCAAACUCUCCAGCGUUGUGCUGCACCAUACUAGACGCAAUAUCUAGCGUGUAUCACGCGGAUAACGCUAACUACUUCAUACUGGAGAACCAAAACACGCUCAGUCAGUUCUCAGAAAGGAUUUAUAUGAAGAAUGCGGAAAUACAAGAGAAGUUCUUCGAACUGUUGGAGUUCAUUGUGUUCCAGCUUAAUUUUGUACCAUGCAAAGAGCUGAUCUCAUUAUCUUUGCUUUUAAAAGCAAACAAAUCUAGAAGUUGCAGCAUUUUGUGUUUGAAGACAUUGUUGAAUAUAUUGAAACAUAAUGCAAUAUUCAAAGAUGUCUACCGCGAAGUUGGUAUGCUGGAAGUAUUCGUUACAUGUCUAUCGCGAUAUGCUGUCUUUUUGAAAGACAAGCAAAUACUAGAAGAGGAGAAGAUAAAGAGAGAAGGAGAAAACUCUGAUGGUUCUCCUACAGCACCUGAAAGAAGAAAGCGAUUAUCCAAACAUGACUCCUUGAUUAAGGAUCCUAAUACUGAUUUGGAGGAAGAGGAACUAGGGACAUUAGUUAUGGAAGGUUUAACAGCUCUGUUGAAUGGCAACACAAAUAAUUGUAACGUAUUCAGAGAUUGCGGCGGCGCUAAGUGUGUGCAUGGCAUGGUUGUACACGAAUCUUGUAGAACUAAGGCUUUGGGUGUGAUCCGCGAGCUGAUAGUGAGCGGGUGCGGCGAGGAGGACAUGUCGGCGCUGCUGUGCGGCAUGCACGCCGCGCCGGCCAGCGCGCUGCGCCUUAAGCUGCACGUGCUUAAGGCGCUGCUCGCCUGCCUCAGAGACUCGCAUCGCACUAGAACUAUAUUUAGAAAGGUGAGCGGGUUCGUGUACGUGACAAGCGUGCUAGUGUCGCUGGAGGGGCGGCUGCGCAGCCCGCAGCUGCUGGAGCACGACAUGCUGCAGCUCAUACACAUCGUCUUCUACACCAUCACCACCGCCAUGAGGUUCGAGCCAGCCAACGCUAAGUUCUUUCAUCAGGAGAUAUGUAUGACAACGUUAAGUGAAACAAUCAGACUGUUGGGAUGUUUCACUGACAACACUGAAUUAUUGUAUGACACAGAAAGUGGCGACCCGGAGCUGUAUGAAGUUUUUCAUGAGAUUUUCACUGGAAAUAUAUUGGAAAUGACGUUUCCUGCGAGUGUGCCAGUUGUGUUUAUCCACGCGUGUAUAGUACUAAGACUGUUGUACGACGUUGCUUUAGAUUCUUUCGACAAGCCAACGUUUUGUGGCUCCUUGAAUGUCAAAUCUCCGAGUUUAACACGACAGAGUUCAGCUAUAAAUGAGUCGAAGCCGGCGGGCCGUGCUGCACCGCUGAACCUUUCAACGGGCGGUACGUCAGAAGCGUGGGUGAUACACUCGGGCGUGGUGAUAGUGCUGGCCAAGCUGCUACCCGCACUGCCCACCCCAGAACAGCACGAGCACCAUGCCAGGGCGCUGCGAGACUACCUCGCACAUGUUCUCAAAAGUCUUGUUAGAAGGGAAUUCCUUCGUAUGGGCAACCCAUUGAACUGCCUCGCGCCGGAGCCCGGCCAGGUGUGCAAGCCCGGCGGACCGGUACCCCUCACUAGGAUCAAGACGCUCGUCUCUAUGACAACGCCCAGAGAUUACAGAUCUCAAAACUCAUGCACUCUGCCGCCGUUCGUGGAGUUCGAUAUGUCAGCGGAGGGUUUCGGCUGUCUUUACCUGCCCAGCAUCGCGCCGCAAUCCGCUAACCUGAAUGCACUUGGCACACAAGACACUACCACAUUAGGAGGCAUCGGAUCUGGUGAUCGCGUAUUUCCCCCGCAAACUGGUCUAUCGUAUUCAACGUGGAUAUGCGUGGAGAAGUACUCGGACCCACGCACGGACCCGCACUGCGUGCGCCUGCUGACGCUGGUCCGCAACGUGAGCAGCGGCCGCGACGACCACCUCGUCUGCCUCGCGCUGGUACUCUCCGCACGGGAUAAGGCCAUCAUUGUCUCCACGCAGGAGACGCUGGUGCCGCAUAACGUGGGCGAGUGGGAGCCGGAGGGCUCGGGCGAGUGCGGCGCGCGCGUCUGGUGCCCCGACUUGCAGCACGAGGGCCAGUGGCACCAUUUAGUGCUGGUACUCAAUCGUGCUGUUUUGAAAAACGUCCUUUCAGCACAAACUGUAUCAGUGAUCUACCAACUGGGGCCACAUUAUGUGGGCACGCUGCCCGGACAGAACCAGGAGCCGCUGACGCCGCUGGUGGCCGAGGAGAAGGUGGUAUUCGGCAUCAACGCGCGCGCCAUGUCUCAGCUCACUUUGGCCAAGAUACGCAAAGUGUACAGCAAGAACGACAACAAGGCGAUAGCGAAGCAGCUCGGAAUGUCCUCGCACGAGAAUGCCACGCCUAUAAGAGUGUUGCACAACUCUGCCGGUCACCUCAUGGGCCCGGCGAGGUGCUUGGGCGGCACUGUGGUCGGAUAUUUGGGUGUUAGAGUGUUCUGUCCUAAACCUGCAGCUAUUAUGAUUGACACAGUGGGUGGAUGUUCAGUAUUACUGGGGCUGAUAGCGAUGGCACAAGAUGUAGAGACAAUUCGAUAUAAUAAUUGUAUAGAUUUGAUCUGCGAGCUGGAAGUGUGGCUUGGCGCGCCGGGCGGGCUGAUCAAGUCGCUGCUGGAGCACCUGCUGGAGCUGGCCACGGAGACGGCGCACCGAGCGCACAACCUGCGCACCAUGCGCGACCUGCAGCUCGUCUCCCGUCUCCUGUACAUCAUCAGCGACGCCAGCGCGCGCCCGCCAGCCACCAGACACGUCCUCAUACAGCUGCUGGCCGCCUUGCUCGCCGGACAACCUAGACCCAACGAUUUACUCUGCCUAGGACAGUUCAUGGCAUACACGCUACCGCUGCCUUCACAAACAGAAAAGGGUUUGAACUUAAUCGAGAGCGACAGCGAGAAGGAAUGCGAAGGCGAACUUGUCUUACUACGGAACAAAUGCUUUAAUGUCCUCCACGGGUUGUUAUUCACCGCGAGGAAUCUCGUCAAUACGAUAGUCUGCGAGGAGAUCUCGCGCGUACUCGGCCUCGACUGGCUGCUGAGCUUCAUGCAGGAGAACGUACAUCCCACCACGGUCCUGUGGGCGCUCAGGAUACUUGUCAUACUCUGCUCGGGACAAGGACAACCUUCUUCUAUUAUGCAAAGAUUCCGCGAGGGCGCGGGCAACGGCGGCUGGGUGCGGCACGCGGAGGGCAGCGCGGCGCCGCAGCAGGCGGGCGUGGUGGUGGCCGCCGCCGUGCGCUCGCACGCGCACCUGCACGCCGCGCUGCUGCACACGCCCGGCUUCACCCUGCUCACCUGGUUGCUGCUAUACCACCUGGAGAUCCCGGAGUUGUACUACCUGGUAUUCGGUCUGAUGCUGGGGCAGCCGAUGCGCGCGGUGUGCUCGGAGCGCGCGGUGUGCGUGGACCGCGUGUGGAGCGCGGCGUGGGGCGCCGCCGCCCCCGCGCGCCAGUCGCCCGCCGCCCUCGCCGCGCGCAUCACGCUCUGCGCGGAGCCCGCAGUCGCGCUGCUCGCGGCCGCGCGCGCGCUCGUGCACGCAGACCCCGCGCCGCCCGACUGGCUGGCAGACCAUCCAGUCGCUAUUGUACAGGUGCUGUUUUCUCUGUACAAUACAUUGCCUGACUUCGUGGGCAUCAUGAUGACAGCGGAGGUGCUCACCGCACUCGCAUCUACACUCUUCCCUCCGCACACCUCCGAUGACAUACAUAUGCCAAUUUGUGAGAGUGGAGACAGCUCCGGCGCAUCAACGCCAGGGUCUGAGAAGGAAGUGGUGAUACCUUCUGGCGGGGCCCUGACCACGCACCCCGUCAGGGCGGGGGUCAUGGACUUCCUCAAGGUCAUCGUGCUGGACUCGCUGUCCCUGACCGUCACCGGCAAGUCCUCGCCGGUGAUAGAUUUGGUGCUGGACGCGUCACCGCCGAAUUCAACGAGCCAACAACAAGUUGAAUACCAAACGGAGGUGUUGACGACUGUAAUGGAGAAUCUGUUGAACACGGAACUAUUUAGUACUGAGUCUAACAUCUCCAAUGUAUGCUACCUCGCCGCGAGACUCGUCGACAAGUUGUGGCAGGGACAGCUCUCUAGAGAUCCUCAUGAAGUGUUCGACUUCAUAGUGAAACUUGUGACGCAGGCGAAAAAGAAGUCAUCAGUGAUAUCUCUGGAGGGGCUGCACCACUGCCUCAACCGCACCAUACUGUAUCUGCUAUCUCGCUCUACUGACUCCAUCGCUGACCAGAUGUCCGUUCUUGAAGCUUUGCACAAAUUAACUACCAAUAGGUAA